AUGAUAAAUAAGUAUCCAUGCCUGAAAAGACUAACAUAUGUGCUUAACUUUAGUCGGUGUAAAAAGCUGGCAUACUCUGACUUAAUUGAGGCCUUAUACUGCAUGCAGAAAUACAGAUUAGUAAAAUUGUGGGCGCUCAACGCAGAGACAGGGUCCUCACGCCUGGGGCAUGCGCAAGCGCUCUGGGAAAGCCCGUGCAUGGUGGAAGGCAGCGCGGCAAAGCCGAGCUGGGCUUGCCCGGCCUGGGAGCGGGAGACCAUGCGUGUCAGCGCAGUGCUGCUCCGGGGCUCUCGGCGCCUGAGAGGCCGCGGGAAUUGGCUCCAAGAGCCGUACUGCCCCAGCCGGGCAGUGUUUGGGGUGUUUGGGGGAUUUCUCCUUCCUUUACUAAUGACUUCUGAUGGUGGAAAGACAGUUGGUACCAUUGAAGUCAAUCUUGUGAAGAUGGGAGAGCUAGAAGAUGGAGAAACAGACCACAUCACAACAGACUCCCACGAUCAAAAGUGUGCAUUGGUUCGUGAAUGUACAGCCACUGAAGGCUUAAGUGGUAAAGACAACUUGCCUUCAUUAAAUGCAGUGUUAAAAAACCCCAUCUGUAAGUUAUAUAGAUUCCCUACAGCUGACAACAAGUGGAUGCGGAUCCGGGAACAGAUGGCUGAGACAACCCUCUCUUUCCAUGUUCCUAAAGAACUCAUCAAUCUGCACAUAAAGGAGGAUAUGAGAAGGAAUCAGGAACUUAAAGACUUGGGAGAACUUGCUCCUCACUGGGACAAUAUGCGCAAAAGUGUUAUUGCUCACUGUGAUCAGAUGUUGAGCAUGUACCAGGAUACUCUUGUGGAGCUUGGGAAGCAUACAGGUUCUUCCUUCAAAUCAAGCUGUAGCAAAGGAGAAAAAACAUUGGAAUUCAUCCCAAUAAAUCUUCAUCUGCAAAGAAUGCACGUGCAUAGUCCUCGAUUGAAAGAUGCUCUGUAUGAUGUCAUCACCGUGGGAGCUCCGGCAGCCCAUUUCCAAGGAUUUAAGAAUGGUGGUCUCCGAAAACUGCUGAGUAAAUUUGAGGCAGAAAGACGAAAUACUGGAUACCAGUGUAUUUACUAUUCACCUGAGAACACAGCCAAGGCAAAAGAAGUUCUCAGCAACAUCAAUCAUCUACAACCUCUCAUAUCAAGCCAUGCGGACCUGCUGCUUAAUUCUGCAAGCCAGCAUUCUCCAGACAGCUUGAAGAAUUCUUUAAAGAUGCUUUCAGAAAAAACGGAGUUAUUUGUGCAUGCGUUUAAGGAUCAGCUGGUCAGAAGUGCCCUUUUAGCACUAUACACAGCCCGGCCUGGCUGUGUCCUCAAGAAACCAGCUGUGCCUAGAAACAGUGCAGAAGAGGGGGAUGAUUUACAGCAUCAGGAUCAUCCUUCUCAGAUUAAAAGACAGGACUCUAUACCCCAUCAUUCUGAGUAUGAUGAGGAGGAGUGGGACAGGGUGUGGGCCAAUGUGGGAAAGAGCUUAAACUGCGUUAUUGCCAUGGUGGACAGACUGCUUGAAAGAGACAACAUCAGCAACGUUAAAGAGAGUGAAAAUGACCCUUCAGCAGCAGAUUGCAAGGUGUUGCAUACAGGUGGUGACUGGUAUGAACAGCUUUAUCCUCUGGUGAUUACACUGAAGGACUGCAUGGGAGAGGUGGUGACCAGGGCGAAGCAAUCGAUGGCAUUUGUUCUGCUCCAGGAACUUGCCUGUGGUUUGCCACAAUGUUUGAUGCUGACCCUAAGAAGAGACAUCGUCUUUAGUCAAGCACUCGCUGGAUUGGUCUGUGGGUUUAUAAUCAAAUUGCACACAGGUUUACAUGAUCAAGGAUUUUUACAACAGCUUCAUACUGUUGGAUUGCUUGUGCAAUAUGAAGGACUCCUUAGUACGUAUAGUGAAGAAGCAGGGAUGCUGGAAGACAUGGCUGUGGGAAUUUCAGAUUUGCAGAAAGUAAUGUUUAAAGUCAUUGAAGCCAAAUCAGAAGAUUUUUUGCCUGUUAUAACUGGAAGGCGUGAACAUUACGUUAUAGAGGUCCAGCUUCCAGCAAAAAUGUUUGAGUUGCUGCCACAAGAGAUUAAAGAAGGAAAGCUACUUCGCAUGUAUCCAGUACUCUUUAAUGUUGGAAUCAAUGAACAGCAAACACUUGCAGAGAGGUUUGGAGAUACCACUUUGCAGGAAAACAUUAACCAGGAAAACUUCGAACUUCUAAAAGAAUAUUACAAGCUGUUUACGGAAAAAAUGCCUCCUGAUUGUCUACCACAUUUUCAAGAACAAAAUGAUUUAAAGGGAUUGCUAGAAAAUCUCCAUCAAAAUAUCCAGGCCAAAAAGAGAAAGAAUGUAGAAAUCAUGUGGCUGGCUGCGACGAUUUGCCGUAAGCUGAAUGGAGUCCGUUUCACCUGUUGCAAAAGUGCCAAAGACCGGACAUCCAUGUCAGUGACGCUGGAGCAGUGCUCCAUCUUGAGAGACGAGCAUCAGCUUCACAAAGACUUCUUUAUUCGGGCACUGGACUGUAUGAGAAGAGAAGGAUGCCGCAUAGAGAAUGUACUGAAGAAUGUCAAAUGCAGAAAGUAUGCAUUCAACAUGAUACAGCUGAUGGCUUUCCCAAAGUACUACAGACCUCCAGAGGGGACAUAUGGAAAAGCUGACACCUAA